CGCGCGCCCCGCCCCGCCAGGGAUCCCGGGAGCUGUCCGGCCGCCUCGGUGCUGAUCCCGCCGCCGCCCACGGGCCGCUAGCAGCGCAGAGGGCACUAUGAGCGGGGGAGUCUACGGCGGAGAUGAGGUGGGGGCGCUGGUCUUUGACAUUGGCUCCUUCUCAGUCCGCGCUGGGUACGCUGGGGAGGACUGUCCCAAGGCUGACUUCCCCACCACGGUGGGGCUGCUGGCCGCGGAGGAGGGGGGCGGGCUGGAGCUGGAGGGGGACAAAGAGAAGAAAGGGAAGAUCUUCCACAUCGACACCAAUGCCCUGCACGUGCCUCGGGAUGGAGCGGAGGUCAUGUCGCCCCUCAAGAAUGGCAUGAUCGAGGACUGGGAGUGCUUCCGAGCCAUCCUGGAUCAUACCUACAGCAAACACGUCAAGUCUGAGCCAAACUUGCACCCCGUGCUCAUGUCCGAGGCCCCGUGGAACACACGGCCAAAAAAAAAAAUUAAUAUCUAAGAGCUGAUGUUCGAGCAGUACAACAUUCCUGCCUUCUUCUUAUGCAAGACGGCCGUGCUCACCGCCUUUGCAAACGGGCGGUCCACGGGCCUUGUGCUGGACAGUGGGGCCACCCACACCACGGCCAUUCCAGUACAUGACGGCUACGUCCUGCAGCAAGGCAUCGUCAAGUCCCCUCUGGCAGGGGACUUCAUCUCCAUGCAGUGCCGGGAGCUGUUCCAGGAGAUGGCCAUUGACAUCAUCCCACCUUACAUGAUCGCAGCCAAGGAGCCUGUCCGGGAGGGCGCCCCCCCAAACUGGAAGAAGAAGGAGAAGCUCCCCCAGGUCUCCAAGUCCUGGCAUAACUACAUGUGUAAUGAGGUGAUCCAGGACUUCCAGGCCUCCGUGCUGCAGGUCUCAGACUCCCCCUACGAUGAACAGGUGGCUGCACAAAUGCCCACAGUGCACUACGAGAUGCCCAAUGGCUACAACACAGACUAUGGCGCUGAGCGACUCCGCAUCCCCGAGGGCCUCUUUGAUCCCUCGAACGUCAAGGGCCUGUCGGGGAACACCAUGUUGGGUGUGGGCCACGUGGUGACCACCAGCAUCGGCAUGUGUGACAUUGACAUUCGCCCGGGCCUGUAUGGGAGUGUCAUUGUCACCGGCGGGAACACACUGCUGCAGGGCUUCACUGACAGGCUCAAUCGAGAGCUUUCCCAGAAGACCCCACCGAGCAUGCGACUGAAACUCAUUGCCAGCAACAGCACCAUGGAGCGCAAGUUCAGCCCCUGGAUUGGGGGUUCCAUCCUGGCCUCACUGGGCACUUUCCAGCAGAUGUGGAUCUCCAAGCAGGAAUAUGAGGAGGGCGGGAAGCAGUGCGUGGAGCGAAAGUGUCCCUGACGGCGCUCCUCCCCACGCACCUGCUCCCAAGCUCAGAUGGAAGUCCCUUAACCCCAUGCCACAUCGCCCCCUCCUCUUUCCCUCUUGUCUUCGUAAAUGGUGAUGUUUCUGGGUUGAAAGAAGUAAAAAUGUUUUAAGAAAAAAAAA